AUGCGCUCAUCUUCGAUUGCCCUCUUCGCAGUGUCUGCGCUUGCGCAGACUCAAUAUGGCGAGAACCAUGUCAAUGUAAACCUUGACUCGCAGCUUGUGGAGCAGACAGCCUUUCCAGCGCCGGAUGUGACACUCCUGAGUCCGGCGUUCUUGCCGAACGCCUCGUUUGAUCCGGGCUGGACAGAGGGAACCGAAGGCGCAACCUCCCAAUACAAGUUGGAGGAAUUCAUAAGCGGCCUUGCGACAAAGAACCCUUCAUGGAUGACCUACGACGUAGCCGACUUCCUGAGCGAGGAGGGCAAGACAUUCCCAUACGUCUACCUAUCAACGUCAGCAUCAAAUGCAUCUACUGGUUACGCCACCUCUGAGAAGUUGAGAGUAUGGAUUCAAGGCUCAGUUCAUGGUAACGAGCCGGCAGGCGAUGAGGCUACUUUGGCCCUCCUCGGUGCCAUGGACAGCGAUCCAGAUUGGGCUGCCAGCUUCCUUGAAAAGAUGGACAUCAUCGUGUUACCACGCUACAACCCGGAUGGAAACGCUUACUUCCAGCGCACCUUGGCCACAAACUUCGACCCGAACCGCGACCACACGAAGCUUGCGCGCCAGCAGACCCGUGAUAUAAAAACAUGGUUCAGCAGCUUUUCCCCACAUAUCGCCAUUGACAUGCACGAGUAUGGUGCCGCAACACGCUACUCUGGCAACUAUAGUAAUGCUGCAGAUGGCAUGUACAGCGCAGCCAAGAACCUCAACAUCCAUCCAUCCAUCCGCGCGCUCUCCGAGACGGUCUUUGCUCCUGCCAUCAAUGCGUCUCUCCUCUCCCAAGGUCUACGUGGUGAACCCUACGUCACCGCUGCGCGAACAAACCCACCUCGGCUUGAGGAAGCAGGAACCGAUGCGAAGAUUGGACGCAACGCAAUGGGACUGACACAAUGCGUAACGUUUCUCUUCGAAACACGCGGUAUCGGUAUUGCAAGCCAAGAGUUCAAACGUCGCACCCUCGCAGGAUUGCAGAUGAUUCUUGGUGUGCUGGAGACUGCUCGUGAUGAGCCUGAUGUCAAGGGAACUAUCGAAGGGGCCAUUUCAGAGAUCAUCACUAGCAAGGAGGACAUCGUUAUUACCGACUACACCACCUUUUCGAACCGCACGUACACCAUGGUCGAUCGUCGAACAGGUGAGGUAGUCCAACUACCCAUUGAGUUCGCCAGCACUACGCCUGCGACUGCCAACAUGACCCGCACCCGGCCUGAAGGGUACUUUGUUCCUCGCGCUUGGGCUGACCUCGCCGAGCGUCUCAAGAUCUCUGGACUUGAGGUCGAGACCAUGCCUGAGGUGUUCCACGGAGAGGUUGAGGCAUACAACAUCACUUCUUCAAGCCUCGCUUCAUCGUACUACGAGGGCGCUAUUCUCAACACCGUGACCACGGAGACACUUAUUCAAGAUGUUCAACUUCCGGCAGGUAGCUUCUUCGUGAGCAGUGCGCAGAAGAAUGCAGGACUAGCUUUUGUCGCGCUGGAGCCUGAGAACAUCGAUUCUUAUGUGUCCUUUGGCAUUGUGCCUAUGGAGGUUGGAGAUAUAUAUCCCAUUUUCAGGAAGGGUUGA